GACGAGGAUCAAUAAUAUCCAAACCAUUUUGUCUAAUUUGGCCUGUAACUUCUCGAAUCUGAAUUUUUCUACUCGAAAAAACCCUAAAAUUCGAAAUUGGAUCCAAAAUUGGGGGUUUUGCAAAUCUUCAUCAAAUCUUGCAAUUGAGGGGUCCUUGGAGGUCGCCCGGAUGCCACGACCGCAUUGGAGUUGGUGCCCGCCGUCAAUUUCGCCGGCUUUAGCCGGAAAACGCUCCGAUCCGUCGGAAACCGCCGGCGGGUCGGAGCGUUUUCCGGCCAACUCCGGCGAAAUUGACGGCGGGCACCAACGCCAAUGCGAACAAUUAUUUCCUCCAUUGGUUGUGGAUUCCAUCGAUCUCUGUGCGUGUGGAUUGGAACUGGAUUCGAGGAGAGGAGAUGAGAUGACGACGCUGUUUUCCAAGCUUUUCUCCAGAAGGGUUUCAGAUCUCGAUUGGAGGAUUCUGCUGCUCCUCCUCCUCCCCCUCUCCCUCCUCGUCUAUGCCUCUCUCCCCUCCGUUUCCUCCCCCUCCCUGGUCUCCAUCUUCGGCCGCUUCGAUUUCCGGCGGGCGGAGGAGGCGCGCGCGAGGGCGGCGGACGGGAACGAAUCGAGGAUAGCGGUAUGCUUGGUGGGCGGGGCUCGCAGGUUCGAGCUCACCGGGCCGUCGAUCAUCCGGAGGAUUCUGCAGGCGUAUCCCAGAUCUGACCUCUUCCUCCACUGCCCCCUCGAUUCCAACUCCUACAAGCUUUCGCUGCUCAGGGCCGCCCCCAGAAUCGCCGCCGUCAGAAUCUUCGAGCCCACUCACAUCAACGAGACCGAGUCGCAAACCAGGGUUCUCACUCCCCAGGACUCCCCCAACGGCAUUCAGGGGUUGUUGCAAUAUUUCAAUCUUGUUGAAGGCUGUCUCACCAUGAUCCGUGCUCACCAAACCAACAACGGAUUCACCUACGACUGGAUCGUCCGCACCAGAGUGGAUGGCUAUUGGUCCGACCGCCUCCGUCCCAAACACUUCAUUCCGGGCCAGUACGUGGUCCCGCCGGGCUCGUCUUACGGCGGCCUGAACGACCGGAUAGGCAUUGGCGACUUCAACACUUCCGUGGUGGCUCUCUCCCGCCUCUCCCUCAUCCCCCAACUCGACGAGGCCGGGUACGAGCAACUCAACUCCGAGAGGGCUUUCAAAGCCCAACUCACGACCCAAGAGGUCCCUUACCUGACCCACCGCCUCCCGUUCUGCGUCGUGACAGACCGCCAGUACCCUUUCCCUCCCGGCCUGAUGGGCGUCCCAGUGGCUUCCAUCUCAAGCCCAGGCCCACUGAGCGGGGCAAAAUGCAGGCCGUGCACCCCGGCUUGCACGGGGGAGUGCGUCCCCCCGGUGAUGAGUCAGCUCAACAAAUACUGGAGCUGGACGAAUUGGGCCAACAACAGCAUCGAGCUGUGCGACGCCCACGGGGAGUGGGAGGAAGAGUGGGAGAACAUUUUUGACGAGGUUGCCGGUAAGGAGCUGGCUGCCGCCCGAAAGCGGCUGAAGAGGCUGAGUAUCAAGCAAUGUUUGAAUGAUUUCAAAGCCAUGAAAUUGAAGUCAGCUUCUUGGCAAGCUCCUCCUGCGAGCCACAUGUGUCGCCUCGGCUUACAGUCUGCAGACUAGCCUAAUUAUUGUUUGUUUACACAACCCAUAUUAUAUUAGGGGAACCUCAUAUUUGAAUUGUAACCACACCUUGAAUUUUUGGUAGGAAAUAGGAAAUUACAUGAACACAACUAAUGUAAUUUUUUUCUUCAGCGAGUCAUAUAACACAAACAACACUAGUGUUGUUAAACCCUGACGCGACCACCAGUCGUCGAACCGGAAACCGGAAGCCGGAAGCCAAACACUAAAUACUGCUGGUUCGA